AUGCCUAAAUUUAAUUAUCAAUUAAGAACACCAAAGCAUGUUAUGCCUGUUGAGCAAAUUGUUGAAAAAGUUCAAAAAGAAACAGAAAUUUAUUUAAAAAGUGAAUUGGAUGGAAUAAUUAUUGAAAAUAUGCAUGAUUUGCCUUAUCAAAAAUUUGAUGAAAAUAUUGGACCUGAAAUUUGUUCUUGGAUGACUAAAUCUUGUUUAGAAUGUUUAAAUAUUUUGGGAAAUAAAAGAAAUAAAUUUUUGUUGGGAAUUCAAGUUUUGGCUGGGGCUAAUAAAACAGCUAUAGCUGUGGCACAUGCUUCGGGAUUUAAUUUUAUUCGAGCCGAAUCAUUCGUUUUUGGACAUUUAGCCGAUGAGGGUUGGAUGGAUGGAUGUGCAGGGAAUUUACUUAGAUAUAGAAAAAUGAUUGGGGCAGAGGAUAUUGGAAUUAUUGUUGAUAUUAAGAAAAAACAUUGUUCUCACUCAAUAACAAAAGAUAUUAAUAUUGCACAGACUGCUAAUGCUGCUGAAUUUUUUCUAGCUGAUGGAAUUAUUUUAACGGGAAAUUCGACUGGACAAGAAGCUUCCGUUUUAGAUUUGGAAGAUGUCAACAAAGAAUGUCCAUCAUUACCAACUUUUAUUGGCUCUGGAAUUAAUGAAAAUAAUAUUAAUAAAUUUAAAAAUGCUGAUGGAUUUAUUGUUGGUUCUUAUUUUAAAAAAGGGGGCUAUUGGGGGAAUGAAAUUGAUUUAGAAAAAGUUUUGAAAUUAAAUGAAAAAGUGAAAGAAAUAAAAAGAAAUGAGGAAAAAAUAUUUUAA